AUGAACUAGAAUUUUGUAUACUAGGAAUCCUUGCACUUUACUCAUUAAGAUAUUGAAAUUGAUCUUUCUGAUUCAAAUCAACAUAAUUUUUAUAUAUCCCUUUCCAAUUAAUCCCCAAAUUAUAAUAAUACAUCUGAACACGAAUGUGACUUCAAAUAUAAUUAUGAAGAUGUUCUUAUUACUUCAUCAAAAAUUGAUAAGAAGUAAUAAGCAUUUGAAAAUUUUUCUAAAUCUAAAUAGAUUUAUUAGCACAACUCAAAUAUAUAAAUCACAUUAUUCGAUAACAAUAAUAGAAAUGAAUUGAUUCCUUUAGAGCGGAAUCAAAAGACCGUUCAUUUCAAUUUAGAAAAUAAUAAAAUAUUGUUAAUUACUAAUUUCGAUGCAGAGUAUUAUAUGAACUUUGAAGAAAGAAAGUCAUUAUAUUAACCAUUUUCUAUCUAUAAAUAAUAGGUGAUUUUGGAGGAAGAAGAUCUGUCAAAUGAUGAGGAUGAUGAAUAAUAUAUGUAGUUGCAAAACAAUUCAACUCAAGCAAUAGCUAUCCGAGAUAAAAGUCUGAAAGGAAUUUUGAAAUAGAAUAUUAAAAAAGUAGAAACAGUAAAAUAAAAUGAAAUUUUCGUGAUGAACAUUAUGCAACAAAAUUUUGACAUUCCAUAAGAAGCUACAAUGACUGAAAGAAAAAAAUAGUUAUUAGAGAAGAAAAUUUAAGAUCACCAAUAUGGUAUGGGGCUAAAAUUUUUAAAAAAAUAUGGAUUUGAAUGUGGGUCUGGUUUAGGUUUGAAGAAAUAAGGAAUUUUAGAACCAGUUUAGGCAUAAAAAAUAAGCAAUUUUUCACAAAAUGUACUAAAACAAUAGAAAUGUUUGUCAAAUGUUGACUUUGCAUAUAGGAAACAAAGAAAAAUAGAGUUGAUUACGGAUUUUGAUGAUGAGUAAGAAAAAGGGUAAAGUGGCUAAUAAAUAAAAUUUCCAUAAUUAAGUUAGAAAAGCAGUUGA